CAGAAGUAUGGAUUGGGAAUUAUCACCUUAUUUCCCUCACUCAGAGAUCCCCAAGGAAGGACUGGAUAUGAACAUUUCUAUGAUGGCCAAAAAAACACUGGAUUCUUGUCAUGGCGCCUCAAGACAGUACAAAGGGGGACAAGACCUUCUGGAAAUAAGGAAGAUCCAAAAACAGAAGAAAAGGGAGGUCCUUUGCUUGACAGACAGCUAUGUUACCAAGAACAUCAGCUAGAUAAUGAUCAAAGUGUAGAGGCCAUCUCUUUGAUGAAUCAUACAAGUGAACGUGAGGUCAUCAUGCAGAAGAUGAAGGCAACGUUUGAAUACAGACAGCGCCUUGUCCAUGAUCCAGAGGGAUCCACCACCAUUCUCUCUGUUUUUCCUCGGUUCCUGGACACUAAAGGAUUGAUUCUUCAGGACUUCACACUCCUCUUUGGGUCAGAAACUGCUUCCAGACUUUUGGAAAGGUGGCCGACAGUUUUCAAAGCAAAGGUUAUCAGACUAGGAGAAACCUUGACUCCCACUCCACUGCUGAAAAGAUUACUGUCAUCUGCCAAACAGAGCAAAGAAAGCAGCGAGGCACAGGAUUCCCCAGAGUGGGACAGUGAUAUAUCAUCCUUCCUUCUACUUUUGCAUCUCCUAUCACCCCAGGCUUCAGGAAGAAAGAAAAUCCAAAGGAUCAGUAUUUCACAGGCUAUUGACCAUCUGGUGGUGUUUCACAAAGCAUGCAGGAGCAUACAGGAACACCUUGAGCUGGAGGAGAAUCGUCAGCCAUACAUUCUUGCCUCCGGGAGCAGCAAGGAAGCCAUCAGUCACUACUUCAUUGUGGUGGAUAAAAAGCUCAUCCCCUGUCAAGAAUCCUCUUCACUGGCUGCCAUUGAUGAACUCUUCAAGGUUCAUUUUGUUUUCAGUCUCAGUUAUGAUAGCCAUUGCCUAUCACUGGGAGUCAUGUACUAUCAGGGGUAUCGAGUCUGGGCCUGUUUCAAAUGAGCUGUUGUCUGACCUUGAAAACUCUGAUUUUAUUUCAGAGCAACUCCAGAUUGAUAUCUCUAGCGAGGUAAUGGUCACACCGUGGGUAAAGUGUCAAGGUACUGAGUAUCGCAGUGAUCUUGUUGUUUUCUUAGAGUUUGUUGAUGAUGCACCUGUUUUUGGAAAGAUUGUUAAAAAUUUUAUUAAGGAUGGAAUUUAUUUUUUGGUAUCGUGUAUGGAAUCAGAGUUUAUUGAACACCUUCAUGCUUUCAGUGUUGUUGAACAAGAGCAUUGUCUUGUACUCAAAAAACCUGAGGAAUUGAUGUACUACAAGCCAUUUGAUUUACAAAUGUCCUAUGGCAAUGACCAUCUUUUUUACAUUGUCGUGAACUGUUAUUUGUAAUAAUUUCAUGGCAUUUAUGGUUUCUUGCUCUGUGCUGAAAUAAAGUUUUGAAACCUU